AGGGUAGAGUUGCAGAAAGGGCAAGCACGAUUAAAAGAUGCGAGGGCAGAAUUGUAAAAGUGAACUGAUGAAAGGAGAGGGAGUAAACGAGCAACGCCGACGCGUGACCCGCGAGGGCAUCUCGAACUAGGGUUUUACUGCCCCAAGAAGAAUCGUUGUGGAAUCGCAAGCUUUGGGCUAUAAAUUUCUUGCUCCAAAUCGAUGGAGGCGGUGGUAGUUGAUGCUGGAUCCAAGCUGCUCAAGAUCGGCUUCGCUUCACCCGAUCAAGAUCCCGCCUUGAUAAUGCAGACCAAGAUGAAGCGCGUGCUGGAGGAUGGAGAUGGUGGUGGCGAUGUAUUGAUGGUUGAGGAGGUGACGGCGGAUCCUGUGGUGAGGGGGUUUAUCAGAGACUGGGAUGCUAUGGAAGACUUGCUUCGGCAUGUUCUUUACAUUGACCUUGGUUGGGAGGUUGGAGAUGAAGGGCAGAUUCUGUUCGCCGAGCCGCUCUUCACCCCGAAGGCUAUUAGAGAACAACUAGUGCAACUAAUGUUUGAAACGUUCAAUGUUUCAGGCUUUUAUGCCUCUGAACAAGUGGUAUUAUCACUUUAUGCUGUUGGACGCAUCUCUGGAUGCACUGUUGAUAUUGGCCAUGGGAAAAUAGACAUUGCACCAGUUUGCGAAGGUGCUGUCCAACACAUAGCAUCAAAAAGAUUUCAGAUUGGUGGAAUUGAUUUGACUAAUUUACUAGCACAAAAACUUAAGAAAUCUAAUCCCUUAGUCAAGAUUGACAUUUCUGAGGUGGAGAAGCUGAAAGAGCAAUAUGCCUGUUGUGCAGAAGAUCAAACUUCCUUUGAAGAAACAGAAAACAAAUGCCCAACAGAGACUCACACCCUACCUGAUGGACAGACUAUAACUAUUGGACGAGGGGGCUAUAUUGUUGGAGAAGCUCUAUUUGAACCAUCUAUCUUGGGUAUAGAAGAGUAUGGGAUAGUUGAGCAGUUGGUUCGCAGCAUAUCAAGUGUUUCUUCUGAGAACCUUCGUCAAUUGCUUGAAAAUACAAUGCUUUGUGGUGGUACAGCAUCUAUGACUGGUUUUGAAGAACGGUUUCAGAAAGAAGCAAAUUUGUGCUCCUCGUCCAUCCGCCCAUCUCUCAUAAAGCCCCCAGAAUACAUGCCAGAGAAUUUAUCAAAGAACUCAGCCUGGAUGGGCGGUGCCAUAUUGGCUAAAGUUGUUUUCCCACAGAAUCAGCACGUAACCAGGGGAGAUUACGAUGAGACGGGACCAACAAUCGUUCACAAAAAAUGCUUCUAGGCCUAGUUGAACUCACUCUGGGUGAGCGUCAUUGUUGCCGCAUCAUCGGCUAAAGUUCCUUAGAAACAGCAAGUCACGGAGGGAGAUUACAAUGACCACCCACAACUGAUCAUAAAAAAUUGCUUCUAACCUGGCUCAUCUAUUAAUUUAGAUAAUUUAUGUUUGUAACUCUAUUUUCUUGUUGCCAACGACAAGGAAUGUACUGUAGAAUUAGAGUCUUUCUAUCAUUGAACUAUUGUGGAACGAAGUGUUUGCCAUAUCUGUUGUGAAAGCCAACCAAAGAAAAUUGGUAUUUUGAA